CCCCGCCCCGCCCCGCCCCACCCCAACCCCCAACCCCCACACCAGCAAAGGACAACUGACUGCGCAUUAGUCGGAACCGUCCCGGGUCGGCCCAGCUCAGCAUGCCGCCGCGUUGGUCCGAACCAUUUGAGGUCCGAAGCGUCCGAUGGCGAGGCAGGACGCCGUGAGAUGCGUGCGCCUUUUUCUCUACGCGCUCAACGUGCUCUUCUGGUUGAUGUCCGCGUGCAUUCUGGGAGUGGCGGCAUGGAUUCGAGAUUCCCUAAAUGCUGUCCUGACUCUGACCGCUCACACCAGGCUGGAGGAGGCUGCGGUGCUGACCUUCGCCCCCGUCGUCCAUCCCGUCCUGGUGGUGGUGUGUUGCUUUCUGCUGAUGGUGGCCAUGUUGGGCGUGUGCGGCACUCUGCGCUGCGACCUCAUGAUGCUGUCCUCGUACUUUGGAAGUCUGUUGGUCAUCUUGUGCGUGGAGUUGGCCAGCGCUCUGUGGACCUAUGAGCAGCCCCCUGUGCAGCGCUCAGACAUGAUCAGUCUAAAGUUUCGGAUGUCAAACUUCGGCCUUCGCCAGCAUCAGUGGCUCACACACACCUGGAACACCUUUCAGACGGAGUUUGAGUGCUGCGGAGUGACGUACUUUACGGACUGGCUGGAGAUGACGGAGAGGGAGUGGCCUCCCGACUCGUGCUGCUCCAAUCAGUACCCAGGAUGCGCUCGGCGCGCCCACCAGCACGACCUCAGCGAUCUGCACCAAGAGGGCUGCGGUCCAAAGCUGUUGUCUUUCAUCCGCUCCAGCGCGCCGCUGCGGCUGCUGCGCUUCCUGGGCGUGGCCUUGGGCGUGGCCCAGAUCCUGGCCAUGGCCCUGACCCUCACGCUGCUUUGGACGCUUCACUACGGACGCAAGCGGCCCAAAGAGCCGCGGGGCUCGCCGGCGGCGGGCGUCGUCGCGCCGGCCCACGGCCCGCCCGCUGAACGGCGCUUACGCGCGGUGUGCUAACGCUAUUCGGGCACCGUAUGAGAAGAUGUAUGACUGAAACUGUCGAAAUAGUGUGGUGGUCUGCGUGGGACGUUUGUGUAUCUGGUUUUGAUGUGGGCAGCAAGUCUAUGUGUGUGUUUGUGCGUAUGCCUACCGUACAUUUCAUUCAAUUAAACAUCCAAUUAAAAAUUCA